AGUGAUUGUGUCUUGUUUAUAAACACCUGUGUUAUUGUUUGAUAACAAAUCGUUCUCAAUAUCCGAAUGGCAGUGUGGCAGUUGUGGAGGGCGGUAUGAUCUCAGAAGUUUGACGUAAUUGUCGUCAUGCGUUACACAGUGAAACAGUCAAGAAGACAAUGAAUGGAAAUUUUUUGCCACAUUCUGCAGGCAAGCGAAAGAAGCGUCAUGACCAUAAGCAGUGUGUUUAUCUGGAAGAAUGGCUAGAGAAGUCUAGUCAACAAGUUCAUACAGCGAGGCCACAUUACGGGGGCAGAGAUGAUGCCAGCCCUUCAGGUUACUGGCCACCACCACCAUCUUCUCGACGCCUAUUUGCUGCUCUCUCAGAUCCUGCUGUGUGUCGCUACUCUGCUGUCCCAAUGGGCUAUUCUCUGGAGCCUGUACUCUGUCAGGUUUACCAGCCACCACCUCCAUACCACCCAAUACAAGUGCAACACUGCAGCUACCCUGCCAGGUGUCAAAGAGAACGUCCACGGAAGCAGAAUAUUGCAAGUCAAGCUAAAAUGCCAGCCACAGCUUCGCCAGCCGAUCCAGGACAAGAAUUUGCCAGUCUUCCACCGGCUGCACAAUCCAUGAAUGUUCCAGAGGCAACACAACGGAGGUUCAGUGACCCUGGCCUUGGCCCUGCAGUUGCAAGCAGUGAAGAGGAGAGUGGCAGUGAAGAUGCUGGUGCUUCUGCUGUUAUUGGCCCCAGUGUUCCUGAGCAGAUUGCAUCUCUUCAUAACAUGGUGAAGACUAUGUCACGAGAGUUGCAGGAGCUACGCACAGAACUUGAAACUUUAAAGUUGCAGACUGCAACAUGGAGGAAUGUAUCUCGAAGUUAUGAACCGGGGAUGCUUUCAGAACUGGUUCGUGAAGUGCGUGAUGCUGCUAGAAUGCGAGAAGAUGCGCUGAUGGCUAGAGUUUGUAAUAUGCUGAGUGCCUCUGACAAACUGAAAUGGAGCAACUCUACUCCACAGCUUUCUGAUCCAGUGAAUGGCCCAGCUGCACCUUCAUCAAUGUCAUCUUGUUUAGGAAUUUCACAAGGUUCAAGGGAAAUUGAGGAACUCAAGGCUCAACUAAAGGAAGCCCUUGUGGAUAAAAAACACACAGAAGAAAGACUGUUGAAGGUUGAAGCUCAAUUACAAAACUUGCGGCUGAAAGAUAAUGUCUGUGACGAAACCCAAGUUGUCCUGGAAGCGAACACUGGAAUGGGUGAUAGUGGACGUGAUAGGGUCCUUAGGCAAGAACUACAGCAACUCAAAUGUGAUAAAUUCAAAUUAACAUGUGAACUUGAAGAAGCUUUGGCUACACGUAAAACUGCAGAAGAAAAUGCUGAAAAAAUGGAACGACUUGUUGAUGUUCUUCGAAAGAAGAUAAACGGUGUAGUUCAAGAAGAGAAACAGCAACAAAUCUUGCAAGAAGUGACCCUAAUGGAACAGAGUCCAAGUUCCUUGGAGAAUACCAGUGAGUCACUUGUUAGUGUUGGAAGUAGCUCAACUGGUCGUUCUUCUUCUCUACAGUCACCACAGGUUACAAUGUCAGGUCCAGUAACUGAUCUGUAGCAAGAGAGUGCCUCCUUGCCAUUCCUGAUUUGGGGAAUCAUAGUUCUCCUUGAGCUUGAGUCUCCAAGAUGUUGAAAUGUGGAACUUGUUUAGCCAUACCAUGACUACAUCAAUAUUUUAUAUAAGCAUCAGACAUCUUAACAAGAAGGAUAAAGAUAUCUCAGGCUAUGUAUUACCUUUUUGUAGAAAAUCAGUGUACAUCCACCUCAAAUUUACAGGAGAGUGAAAUAAGAAAUCAGUAUUUUUGCUAACUUGGAACGUGACAUCACAUUCUUAGAUAUUGACAUGAUUUACACAAGGUAUUAUAUUUUGAUAUAAUUUAACAAUAUAUAUAUAUAUAUAUAUAUAUAUAUAUAUAUAUAUAUAUAUAUAUAUAUAUAUAUAUAAUUUAACAAAGACAGUGUUAUGAGCAGCAAUAAAUACUCAUAAUUUACAUCAUACAAGCCUAAAUGAAUACUAGAAAGUUUUUUGGUACAUACGGAGUGACACAUUUUGUGACUGUGUUAUAUAUUUAUAUGACUGUUUUUAUAGAGACAAUAAUUCAUAUAUUAAAUAAUAGAGACAAGCAGAAUUCAGAUAAUACAUUUUAUAAAGCCAUGUGACUAUGAAAUGUGUACAUAUUUGUGUAAUUUGUCCCCCUCUGCUAUUUCAUUACUGUGUGUGCAAUAUACUCAAACACAAAAUACUCCUUUACUUUUCUGAAACUAAUGUAUAUUUUGAAGUCAUUAUAUCAUAGCACUCAUCAGAUUUUAGUUCAUAUCAAAUAGCAAACUGAAGUUGGACAAAGAGAAAAAUUGUUUUGUACAAACAUUUCACAUUGUAUAUUGACUCUACAUUAUUACAUUUUCUUCUAUGGGUUACACAUAGCCUUUUUAUUUGGUUUUGUUUAUAAUUACAGAUAAGAAGAGCUUACAAAUCCCAUUACAUGUGUGUGAACACACUUCAAACGUUUUCUCUUUCUUUUACUGUAUCUGUAAUUAUUAAGUGUUAACUUUGUGCCAAUUAGAGAGAUUUUUCUGCAAUUUAUGUAGCUGAAAACACAUUUUGUUUAUCAUUAUAUUUAAUUAAUAUAUUAUUUUAUAGUUAAAUUUUGUGCUCAUGAUUCUGUAUUAUAACAUAUAAAUUGAGUUAUUUUGCAUAUAAGUAAUAUUAUCCCCCCCCCCUUCCCGUUUCUCCACUAGUCUGCCCCUCUCUUCCCCACAUAAAACACAUGUACAACUACUUUGUUUUAAUUAAACAAUACUGCUGCAGUCCCACAAUAGUGAAUGUUGAAUGAGAUGGUUCUGAAUGUGACGCUUCUGUAUACAGAUUUUUUUUUCUGACAAUUUAAGUUACAUGUUUAAUGGCAUAUAAAGUAAUGAAAUACUUCUUAUUUGAAACCAAGUUGUUUAUUUCCUGUUGUUGCCCAAUGUUUGACAUUUCUUUUUUGCUUCAAUGGUAAAGAAUGGAAUUGUGUGUCAAGGACAUUGUACUAUUAUUGCAGUUGUGAUUUUUGCCCUGUUAUUAUGCUGAGCUAUCCUUGAAGGAAAUUUGCAGCAUCAUUGCUGCUAAUAAUGCCACAUUAACAAUAGGUGAUAUUUAUGUAUGGUAAUUAAUUGAUUAUAAAUUUGAACUUAUUAUGCUGAAGGAAAUUUGCAGCAUCAUUGCUGCUAAUAAUGCCACAUUAACAAUAGGUGAUAUUUAUGUAUGGUAAUUAAUUGAUUAUAAAUUUGAACUUAUAAUUUUGCAAAUCUUAAUUUUUAUUUAUAUAUUUUUUGUCAUUGUGCCAUCAACUAGUUGACUACAUUUGAAUUUCCACAAAUGUAAAUACUUACUACACUGUAGACCGAAAUGUAUGUUGCUAUUCUUCAUUUUAGGGAAUGUAGUUUGAAGCACUAUUUUAUGGUAAUAUUGAAAAAAUUAGCACAGGAUCAAAAUAUAUGUUUGUUAUGUGUGGUACAUAGUAAGUAUAAACACAGAAAUUACCGCACUUACACAUAAGCGGUUUGAAGUGUAGGUUAUGUAUUUUAAAUUAUAUUGGAAUUCUAUUAUUUUAUAUUAAUGAUUUUUUGCUAAGUACAGAUAAUGCCGUAGCAAGUUAAGUUGCAAGCUAAGGAAUAUUUGAGAAAAUGCCACUAAUACUGAAAUCUUUUGGUUGUAUGUUUAUCUAUCAAAAAUAUUUUCAAAGUUACAAGUGCCUUAUUACUUUAGAGAUCCAUCCAGCAGAACGUGAUGGCUCUAGUUACAUAUCAAGGAACGCAAUAGUUGGAAUGUUUAUGUUUAAUGAAUUUAUGUAAUAUUUAUAUUAUUAUAAAAUGUAGAUUUUGUGAUAAAUCUCUAUUGAUAAAUGGGCUCUAGUUUGUUGUUAUGGAAAGGCCACAUAGCUAUUUAUACUGAAAGUAUGUUUACAACCUGUUAUACUGUCCAGAGCAAUCAAUGUUUUUGCAUGACUGAAUUAUUUACAUAAAUUUCAUAAUGAGUCUUUGAUCCUUUGAUCAGCUUGUAAUAUAACUGCAAGAUUGUGAUAAGAGAAAGCUGUUCUCACAAAAAACUGUUUGCUUUCCACUUGUGAGAAUAUAUGUGUUACGUCAAGUGUAAUAUGAUAGAGAAAUAAAUGUAAUAUGAUAGAGAAAUAAAUGUUUUACAGAGCUUACACAGUUUCAGGCAGGACAGAUUACAAGUAGUCUUGAUGAGGUGUGAACAGAAGACAUGGAGGAAAUGAUAGCUAUUUUGAACAUCAAGUAAAUCAAUCUCUUUCAGAAAAUGGAAAGGCUGGUUUGUAUUUAAUUUUAGAAAUUGUGUGUAGAUGACAGUGUACAUAAUGACAUCAGAGUUCAGCACAGCAUAGGAAAAACCUUUGAUGAAAUGUUUUCAUAGUUUAAGAACAAUUCCUCUUGGAUGUAAUACAAUCCUUUCUCACUAAUUAAUUUAAGCAUUAAUUGAGACUGCAGUUAUGUGUCUAGUGUCACAUUUAAGUCUAUUUAAGUUAAUGCUAGUAAUGCUGCCUUAUUGGCAAAGUUUAAUUUAUACAAACAAACUACUGGUAAUUUGUCUUGCCAUCCAGAUACACAUGUCAUCAAAUAAAUUAUGUUGGAGAAUGUGAUGGGAAUGAGUUACAUUUUUUUGGGAAUAUUAUUUAUUACUGUUAUUGUUGACAGGUACUGUUCUAGGAAUUAUGUUAAUGUUUUAUGCUACUGAGAAAUGAUGGAGAUAUUUUCUGCAUUUUUCUUGAAAAUUGGCCUGGCACAAAUAUUUGCACAGUUUAUGUAGAAUGUUACUGAGUAUGCAUAUGAGGAUUGAAUUGUAAAGAACAUUCUUUUAUAUUCAAAUACCUUAAUUUAUUGCUAGCCAACGACACUGAAACCUGAUUUCAACUUGGAAUGGAGCCUUAAUUGUGAGUGGUUCCUUGUGUGUGCAUUAUGUAAGAAUUUGUUUAGUUUGAUCUAUUAAUUUGUGUAAUUGCUGUAGUUGGAAAGGAGCUGGAUAUAGUUCACAUCAGGCUUAGAAGGCAAUUGUACUUCAAAGUUUUGUGUUAGUGUACCUAAAAUAACAUUUAUAAGUAGGAAAUGAAUAGUAUUGUCAUUAAAACAUGGACAAUUUUCAGCAAAAGCAUUGUGUUGUGUUUAUAGGCAUUAAAAAAGCAGUGUAGCACAGAUAAUAGAAAACAUAUUCCGUCCACUUAAAGUUACUAGUUUCUAUCCAUGUCAGAGUGGUAUUUGCCAUGUGUGCUUUAAUGUAAAGUUACAUACAGAUUUGAAAUAUGUUUGUUACAGACUACAGUAUAAGAGAUAUAUGGAAAUAUAAAGUGUUGUGGCAGAUGAUACUUAUCCUCUGAUGGAUGUUAGUUUUCUUUCAGGCUGUGUAAAUGCCACUUUAUGUGUCACAUUUUGCCUUACUACAACAGUCCAUAAAAUUUUCUUUGAUGCUUUUCAUAAUUUAUGUUAGCCUUCUUUUUAACACAGCAUUUUUUAUUAAUGUUGGGUUGUUCAAAUUUUUCUCUGCAUCUUGCUUGAAUUUUCUAAAAUGUUGUCAUUUCACAUAAACUAUUUGUUGUAGAUAAGCUGUUACAUUCGACAUUGAUAUACAGUGAUUUUGGUAUUGAAUGUGAAAAUUAGAACCGAAUGCUUUGUAGAUGAGAUCUGGAAGUCCAAUUUGUUUAAAUGACCUCAUACAGUAAAUGUUGAAAAAUGGCAGAGGAUGCCUCUCAAUUGUUAGAUCAACUAAGUGCAAACAUUUGCUUCUUUAUAUGCAACAUCUACAUUCCUAAUCAAAUAAUGGUAUGUGAAACACAUUGUGUGAGAAGUGGAGGGGAGGAAUCAAGACAUUAGAUAAUGACUUAGUAAUUAGUGCAUGAAAACAGACUAAUGCAUGGAAUAAUACACUUUUGCCAAUGAAAAAAAAAUUGCAGUGGACAAAUCCAGAAUGAACAGACAUCUAAUAUAGAGAAUGUAGAGCUCACUGAGGAGGAUGCAGAGCCAUGUUAGAAAGAUCUGUCCAGUGUAAAUCGUUUGUAUUUCAUAACAUUUACUGCAGUUGUUAUAGAAAUAUGGUAAAUAACUAGAGUUUUUUGCAGCAUGUAACAUGUGAGGCAGAGAGAAAAAACUUCAAGUGAAGCAGCAUUGUAUAUAAGACAUACGGUCUGUUAGAAGAUUUUGUAAGGUUUGCAGGGUGACUGUUAAGUGAGGUACCCCAACUAAUUUUGAUAAAAUUUUGUUUAAAAAUAAUGGACAGCUCCUACAGAAAUUAAAUUUUUUUUAUUGAUGACAAGACUUAAAUAAGCUGUAGUGAUGAAUGAUGAAUGGAGAAACACCUCACAAGUAGGUUGAAACAUUAUGGAAGGUACUGAAAAGGUAGAAUGUAAGAAAUAAGAAAUUAUAUGUUUGUAUACUGUAGUGACUAUAUGAAGGUCAAAUUAUUUGAGAAAAGAAGAGUAGAGAAGCAUGAGUUGUUAUGAUUUGCAACUGUAGGAAAACAUCUGUAAGCCAAGUUCAAAUACUUUCUGAAACAGUGCAACCUUCAAGCAUAAACCAGCAGUUAGCUUUUCUGAAGUACUGUUGAAUUAAAUUAUAUGAGAAAUGUUGGGAAUUCAGUUGGAUUUGUGCGAUGAACUGAAAUUUAGUUUUGGUGAAAAUAAAGUUUAUUUUUGAGGCGAGAUAAGUCUAUGAAUUGAUAAUAUUUGUGUUACACGUUAUUCAGAGAGCAUAAAAUAACACUGUAAAUGCCUUUGGUACUAGUGAAUGCUUUAGUGACAAACUUAAUUUGCUGGUUUGUAAUCUGAUAAUGAUCAAAUUUGUGAUAUCAAAAUUGUUUGUGAAUGAUGUGUGUCAAUAGGUCAUUUCAUAUCACAGAAAUCAUAAAUAAGAGUGCUUUGUACAUAUAAUAUUUGAGGUAAGAUAUGUGGUCAUAGUUCAUACAGUAAUUUCAACAUUGUUUAUCAUAUACUUAAAUAUUUGUAGCACUUAACUGAUCAGUACCUCUUUCUUUAUACAUGUUUCACCCAGUGUUUAUUAUAUUGCAUCAUUAGUAAUAAAAACAAAACUUCCACUGUAUUGUUAACAUUGUAAGUGUUGAUGGUAUACAUUGUUGUGCCAAUAAUACUAAGCAUAUCAGAUCUACAAUGUACUGUUGAACACUGUUCAGUAACACUUUGAACAAAAUAUGUAGCAUAUUAGUUUUGGAACUGCAUAACAGUUCUGUCCAUGGAAUUAUACUAUGAAACACAAAUACAAGAUGUUUGUAAACAUUCUGUAUGAUUAGGGAGUACAAUUCUUGUUUUUAUGCUCAAAAUUGUGGUAGCAUCACAUUUAAGUUGCACGAAAUGAAUUAAAUUUGAAAAGUAAUUGUAGAUUUUUUUCUUUGUGGUAUGUGACUAAUGUGGCAUCAAUCAAAGCUGUUUGUGGUAUGUGCAGAGGGAACAGUUUUCAAAUUUUAUUAUGUAUAAAUACAAUAAAUUUUAUCUCUCCACUAUGUGUGUGAGUAUAUCAUACAAACUACACUCAUUCUCUCCAUAUAUUGCAUUCAGAAACAUUAGGGAAACAUCAGUAAUCUGUCAUUGGAUAAAAUUUAGCCUUAGUUAAGUGCCUGAAUUAUUGCACAUGUAUUAGAGAUUUAUAAUGUAUAUUUCAGCAUUCUAUUAACUGUUAAUAAAUUGACAAAAAACACAGAACAAA